CCGGACGCUGAGGACAUGGCGGCGCUCAGAGGGCUCUCCCGGCUGCUGCCCGCCGCCCCCGGCUCGGUGCCGGCCCGGAGCAUGGCGGCCUCGGCGGCGCACGAAGGCGGCGGAGUGACUGUUGCUGUGCUCCGUGCCGCCUCCAGCCCGUCUGUGGAAGACGCUGAGCUUCGUGGUGGCGCUGCCCGCAGUCGGUGUCUGCAUGCUGAACUGCUACCUGAAGGCGCAGCACGAGCACGAGCGGCCCGAGUUCAUCCGCUACGCUCACCUCCGCAUCCGCAGCAAGCCUUUUCCCUGGGGUGAUGGGAACAAAACUCUAUUCCACAACCCUCAUGUAAAUGCUCUCCCAACCGGUUAUGAAGAUGAAAACUAAAAGCUCAACCACAGCCAGAACUUUGGCUUUUCCUCUGUUUGGACCAGGCUGUUCUGUGGGAACCACCACUUAAGAAGAUCUGCAUUCCUUCUACAGUCAAGUUGAACGGUGGUCUGGCCUCCACCAGUACUUCUGUAGAGGUCCUUUAAAUAAACAGCUCC